UUUAUGAAUGAAGUCACAGAGUCAGACCAGCUUUGGAUUUAAAAGGCCUCUUCACACGUGGAUUUAGUUUUUUUAAAUUAAACAACUUUUUUUUUUUCUUGUGAAACUGAAAUUCGGUUCCGAUCACCUGGUGAUGUAUUUCUGGCUUUGCUUUGUGGUUGGAGCGAUCCUCUUUAAAGGAGUUUCUUUGGCACAAGCUCAGCCUAAACAAGUUGAUGCCUUUGCUGGUGGAGACAUCAUCCUUCCCUGCACUUUCAACAUCCCAGCUAAUAAAGACAUUCCUACGGUGGAGUGGUCCAAAGUGGUGGAAGGGCCCAAGUCAGUAAUCGUCUUCUUGUACCGCGAUGGCUGCGAGAUCUUCGGGAUGAAGGAUCCCGACUUCGAGUACCGGACGAACCUCAUCUUGAGACAGCUGCAAUAUGGGAACUACUCACUAAGAAUCUCCGAAUUGAAGCUCUCCGACAGCGGAACGUACCAAUGUCUGAUAAUCCAAAAGAACGGAGCCAAAGAACAAACACAAGUGGAGCUGGUUGUUGAUUCGUUGUCGGAUCCGAAGUUUUCUGUAGUUUCUACUGACGGUGGAGAAGUGACCGUUGAGUGUAAAGCCCUCUGCUGGAAGCCAGCGCCAUUUAUUACAAUCCUGGAUGAUGAAGGAAAAAGACUCUCUGACGAACUGAUAAAACAAGAACAAGAUCCCAGAGGAUGUUUCAACAUGAAGCAAAAUGUUACUCUGCUAAAACCAGUAAACAGGCUUGUGUGCAGAGUCGAGCAGACAGGGAGGAAUCAAAGCAAGGUGGCAGAAAUACUCCUUCCAGGUUUCUGGAAGGAAUCCCAGAGUGCUGCCAUUUGCCUCUCAGCAGCAGGAACAGCAAUAGUUUGCCUGACGGGUUUCACUUUGUAUCGGUUCAUCAAGAAACGCUCCAGUUCUGAGGGAAGGACGCAACUACAGACAGCCACCAAAUUGGACCAAAUCAAAGAAAGUGGCUCCUCUGACCCCUUCAUCCAGCAAAGCAUGGCGGACAACAAACUAAACAGCAUGACUGAAGAAAAGCAAAUUGUUAAACAAGUCAAGUACCUAGAAAACCUAAAAAAAUCUCCUUCAUUUUCCUGAAAGAGAGACUGGAAAUGUCAAAGCCACACCAAACAAACACACCACACUGAAACACUAGCAGAGCAGAUGUCUUCGGUUUCUCAGGGGUAACGCUCUUCUGAUAGCUGUUAGAAAAAAAAUACCUUUCCACAUUUGUGGCCCAACCUGUACAUUAAGCAAAAACUCUCUGAGUGCCAGAAAAAUUCAAUCAAAACUUGUUUGCUACAAGACAUCUGACAAAUAUGUUUCCAGAUAAUCUUAACAUAAGGUUUCAUUUUUAACCUAAAGAAAACAAACACCUUCAAUCAUGAAGUAACUCAUAAUUAAUUAUUUUUCUUUGAUCAGAAUUCAUAAAACCAUUAAAAAUAUGAUUCUGUUCAAUAAUCAGAGCUGACAGCUGUAUUCAUAGAUAUGUUAACCAAAUGUAGGUGAAGGUGUUGAUUUUUACAGAAAUGGUUCCAGAAGAUUGAAGACAGAAUACACUGCACUACUUACUGAGCAAAGCAAACCUUUUAGAGAAUUUAAGUAUCAAAAUGAAUGCCAGAUAUUAACCAUUAAAUGUAUUUUCAAUUACUUUUUCAAUAAGUUUACCAGUUUUAAAAAGCACAGUCAAAGUUGUGGUCACUUACAAUGAAUACUAGACUUUUAACACCUCUACUGUAUUAAAGGCCAUUUUAGCUUUUUGAAGUUCAGUACAUAUAAAUCCUGUUGAAUGUUAUAACAUAAAUCUAACAGAGCCAUCACUCCUACCUCAAUAUAUUCUUAGCUGAAAAUACAAAAAUAAAAGUCAAUGCCUGGUUCCCAAGCUAGUGAGAGAAGCUCAAACCAAUGUAUUUUCUGCACAUUAUGUAUUGACUGUUCUUUAGUUUAAAAUAUUAAUGAUCUGCUCUGCAUCAGGCUCUGGAUGUUUCUAGCUCUUGGCAACGUGCGACAUUCAGAGUGAUGGCUGUCUGAUGAAGGGUCAGUGUUGUGAUGUUUGACUCUUCCCUGUGCUUUAAGGGCUGGUGUCGUCCAUGUUUUCUAAACUGUUUGAAUCUUACCCAUUCUGUUCUUCAGAGGCCUUGUAAUAAAAUACUCAGGUGUGUAAAAUUAGAGGGGGACAACACAUGGACGAUAUCGGCCCUUAAAGACUAACUUUGGACAUCUCUGGAAGAAAUGCUGUACUCAAAAGCUACAAACAGGAAACUCGUAUUUUUAUGACCUAUCACAAGAUAUCACUUUUUUUUCAGGGAUUUAUUUACAAGGGACGAAUUACUUGCUGGACUUGAGCCAGUUUGAUAUUUUUAAAAAGCAAAGCUGAUGACUAUUUAUUUUUUCUAAAUGGUUCAUAUUGUAGGUACUGUACAUAUGUAUAAUUUUAUAUUUAUAUUUACAUUAUUGUUAUUUAGAAUAAAAUCUGACAUUUGUCAUACAUGAACUUGAGGAAAUAAAUAAAGUCUUGAUUAGUAUUGAGUUAUCUUAUAUACUAUAUACAGGGUUGGUUCUGGUUUUCCAAGUUUGUAGCUACAUCUGGGUCAACUUUAAAACAUACCUUAAACCUAAAAGUUUUUAAGGUAUUACAUUUUCAGAAAAUGACCCUGACUCUUGCCCAUAAACUGCUGGCAGUACGGACAUGAACCCCCGUCAGGUAAACCGUUUGGUUGACCACUAUUUAAAAAAAGUGUUUAUUUUCAGUUAUUGAUGUUUAUUUAAUCGUGAUACUGUAUUAAUGAUGCAUUUGUGCAUCCAUGCUGCUGGGACACGUCCAAAUGACACAUCCUUUGUGUCCAUUUGUUGUUUUUUAUGUAUAUGUGUUAUUAAGCUACAUGUUUCUCCCAAGUAUUUGUUUCUACACAAAUGCAAAUGAACAAGAAUAAAUAAAAUAAACAUUUGGAAAAAGUUGCA